AUGCCUACUAUGACGCACGUUCUCGAACGUCGACGCUUGCAACGCUAUUCCCUUGAUAACCAACUUGAAGCGCAUUCACCACGUCGCGUCCGACACUCUCUUACCAGCGCCGCUAAUAAAGAAAACUUUGGCGUUCAUUUUACACGAAGCUCUUUCGGCAAUACCUCGCUCACCGCAUUUCAGGACCUCAGCAAUGGAAAGAGCCCCCUGCGAGUCGAUUACACACCAACUCGUCCACCUUUGCGUUGCCAAACUCAAGGCAAUAUGAAUUUAAACGUUAAACGUCGCAGCGGUACCCCAACGUCGCGCAAUCGUUUUUCGGACGAUUUUGUCAAUCCGGAGACGCAGGAUACACCACUAAGUCAUUUGCGUUUCCGCAGCGCUUCCCGAGACGAUUCACUUUCUUCUUCGCGUAUGGGCGACGUAACACUUGACCGUAUGUUAGACGCGAUUAUUGAGAGUGCACGUAAGGAUGUAAAGCGUGUGAAUGUGGUUCGUCCCAGAGAUAGCGAUCAGCAGCAUGAAGUAAAAACCGCAUUAAGAAGCUCUUCGCCUGCUGUUGUUAGCGACAGCGAAAUCAGCGUGCAUGAAAUGGAAGUGCGAACCCCGACACAUCUCAAGCGCCAACGUGUUGUACGGCGUAAGAAUACCAAAACCACGGAGUCCCGACGCAAAAUAGAUUCAAAAGAAACGAAAAUUUUUGGAAAUGUAACACCGCCACCACCGCUCCAGCAAUCAAUGAUCGGUGUUCCACUAGCCGACGGUGUGCAUAGUCCGGACACACCACUUUUUAAGCCAAGUGCCGUGACUAACGCAGAGCUAUUGGCGAUGCAAACGCCACCAAAUUCAACAGAAAUCGAUACUUUCACGACCGCAGCAACGGCCGGCGCAACGACAGCAGAAACUCAAUCGCAGCAGUGCUGCUCAACACCGACGUUAGAGGAGACACAUUCGAUUAAGCGUUGCCUGAGCUUUUCCUCGACUAGUGAUGAUGAAUACGAUGUGGAUUUUAGCAACGCUGCGAAACGCAGUUCUGUCGCAUCAUCCAAUACGAGCUCUACAAUGGGCGAUCACUUCGGUUUGGGACAAACUUCACGACAUUCUCAGGGUUCUUGGAAAGCUCCCAACAGUGCUGCAGUGCGUGGCCACGUGGAACUAUCUAUACAAGUGGAGCAGCAACAAUUAAAUGUACAUGUAAUACGUUGUCGCGAUCUACAGCGACCCAAUGGUUCAACUGCGCUGAAUGCCUACGUAAAGGUUGCAUUGAUACGCAACAAACCGGCUUCUAAAAAAAUGGACAAUCACUUCCAACGCACCGCUGUACACAGACAUUCGAGUCGUCCGUACUUUGAUCAUCGCUUCAAGUUCGAUUUGGGCGCGAAACCACAAGCACAACAGCAACCUAAAAAUGAUGGCACUAACGAACGUCUACAGCUGGCCGUGUGGCACCGAGACCGUCAACUAAAGUGA